AUGACUCAGGUUGAUCUCGAAACCUUAGUUACAUCUAGCACACUCGGAGGCAAUGAUAGCAAAAUAACAUCCGAAACACUCGCCGUCACUGCUGCCAGCGACGAUCUACUAAAGGAUGAAGAGGAUGGCACAGCUGACGUACCAUCGGACUACCCGCCGGAAUCGUUUUGGCUAUCGAAAGACGCUGAAUACGAUUGGUUCGACCGCAACGCGUUUUACGAGCGCAAGGAUUCCACCAAAGGCAGCUCAACUUCAACCAAUUUGAACUCGAAUUCUCAGCGUUCCGUUAAGUUGAAAUCUAAGGCAUUGAUUAUUGGAUUGCCUAAGACUCAGAAAACUACUUAUAUGGAUUCCAGGAGGAGGAGUUGCAAACUGGCUAACGCGAGACUGUUUCCAAAUCGAUCCGUGUCGGCGGGGAAGUCGACAGUGGCGGUGGUUGAACCGUCUUCGCCUAAAGUUUCGUGUAUGGGGAGAGUCCGGUCAAAGCGCUGCCGGCGAAGGAAUAAUUCGUCGAGGAAGAUUGAAGCACAGGCUGAGAAGUCAAGAACCGGUGGUGAAAAGCGGAAAACCGGGUUUUACACAAAAGUAAUGGGUAUGUUCCGCUCGAAAAAGGGUAAUAAAAAACCUAUCCGGUCGGGGAGUCGAAAAGUGAAAGAGCCAAUUGUCGUUGAGCCGCAGAGGAAGAGCGUGAGCAUAAAAUUGCGGGAAAUUCCGGUAAGUGUUGAAGUUGUUGCUGAGCCGCCCGGUUUGGGAGGGAUGAAGCGGUUCUCAUCGGGCCGACGUUCAGAAUGUUGGACCGCCGAAGAACUUAAUACGGCGAUUUCCGAGUCACUUGAUUUAAAUCGGCCCGUACGAAAGCAAGGAGCAUAA